AUGGCCUAUCAGAGAAUUGCACGAGGAGUCACUCACACGACCAUGAUGAAUACAUCAACGACACUACUCCAUACUCUCUGCAUAAGAGCGCAACCAACCUCAGCCAUUUCGCUAGCUCCGAGGCUAAAGAAUGAUCCGUCGGCUCUUCCUGAGCCUUUCACAUGCACAAUGGAACAAGCUACAUUGAUAACCCCUGCAUCCGCCAACUCGUUCCGGUCACGGCCUGUGGGUGUGCUGAUGAUGAACAAAGCCACAAUGUUUGCUCCAUCCCCAGUUGUGCGGGGUUUUGUGUGUUGGCCUAUCGAUUCGUCAUCAACGACCAGCAAGAGCGACUUCCGGUCUUUUGACCAGCUGGGAUGGUUUAUGGAUACUGAGGCAGUCGGUGCUCAAGAAGUAGCUUACGAGUGUGGAGGAUGGCGGUGA